AUGGGCUCCCUGAGAAGCGACCAAAGGGUGAUAGGAGAGAGCAUCUUGCCUUUUGAAGAUAUUCCAUUCCAUCUAGCGGCAAGAGAGAUUACUCCUACCUACAAGAUAUAUAUUCAGUCUGUCUUAAGAGCUUGCCAUUCUCGUCGGUUCUUUAUUACGGAUACAGGGUAUAUGGGGAUUGCUCCCGAUAAUGCCAAGAUCAUGGACCACGUUUAUAUUUGCGCCGGGGCUACUGUUCCCUUCGUUUUUCGAAGGAUUGAUGGAAAGUUGCCUGAACAAGAGGAAGGGCAGUUCCGGCUAAUAGGAGAAUGUCAUCUUGAGAAGAUGGCAUGGGAUGUCUUUGAAAAUGCGCCUAAUGCACUGGAAUAUCUUGAAAUUGUAUAG